UUUAGGAUUUUUAGACCCCAUCGUCGCCGUGGUGCAAUUUAGGAUUUUUAGACCCUGGCGUCACCCUGGUGAGAUACAGGAUUUCUAGACCCCGGCGUUGCCCUAGCGCGAUUUAGGAUUUCUAGACGGCGUCUUUGCCCGGGUGCGAUUUAGGGUUUCUAGACCGCGGCUUUGCAGCUGUGCGAUUCAGGAUUUCUACACCGUGGCGUCGCCCCGGUGUAGUUUAGGAUUUUUAGACCCCGGGAUCGCCCUGGCGCUAUUUAGGAUUUCUAGACCUUGAUAUCGCUCAGGCGCGAUUUAGGAUUUGUAGACCGGGUGACGCCUUGGCGUGAUGUAGGGCUUUUAGACCCCGGCACUCCCCUGGCGUGGUACUGGAUUUCUAGACCCCGCAUCGUCUGAGCACAAUUUAGGAUUUCGAGACCCCGGUAUCGCUGUGGCGCAGUUUAGGAUUUGAAGACCCUGGUAUCGCUGUGGCGUGAGCUACUGCAUAGGUGUGACUAGAACUUGGCAGUACCGUAUCACCAAGGCACGAAGAAAUCAAGGCUCGGAAGGGUUGAUUCAUUUCCAGGAUGAGGGAGUGGUGGGUGCAGGUAGGGCUGUUAGCUGUGCCCCUGCUGGCGGCCUAUCUGCACAUCCCACCACCCCAGCUUUCUCCUGCUCUUCACUCAUGGAAGUCAUCGGGCAAAUUUUUCACCUACAAGGGACUGCGCAUCUUCUACCAAGACUCUGUGGGUGUGGUUGGAAGUCCUGAGAUAGUUGUGCUUUUACAUGGCUUUCCAACAUCCAGCUAUGACUGGUACAAGAUUUGGGAAGGUCUGACCCUGAGGUUUCAUCGAGUGAUUGCCCUUGAUUUCUUGGGCUUUGGCUUCAGUGACAAACCAGUAAGCGGCAUUAAGAGACCACACCACUACUCCAUAUUCGAGCAGGCCAGCAUUGUGGAAGCACUUCUGCGACACCUGGGGCUCCAGAACCGGAGGGUCAACCUUUUGUCUCAUGACUAUGGGGACAUCGUGGCUCAGGAGCUGCUCUACAGGUUCAAGCAGAAUCGAUCCGGCCGGCUUACCAUAAAGAGUCUCUGUCUGUCAAAUGGAGGUAUAUUUCCUGAGACUCACCGUCCUCUCCUUCUCCAAAAGCUUCUCAAAGAUGGAGGCAUGUUGUCACCCAUCCUCACUCGAUUGAUGAACUUCUUUGUAUUCUCCCGAGGUCUCACCCCAGUCUUUGGGCCGUACACCCGCCCCUCUGAGAGUGAGCUGUGGGACAUGUGGGCAGGGAUUCGCAACAACGAUGGGAACUUAGUUAUCGACAGUCUCUUACAGUACAUCAACCAGAGGAAGAAGUUUAGAAGACGCUGGGUGGGAGCUCUUGCUUCUGUAACUAUUCCCAUUCAUUUUAUCUAUGGGCCACUGGAUCCUGUAAAUCCCUAUCCAGAGUUUUUGGAGCUGUACAGGAAAACGCUGCCGCGGUCCACAGUGUCGAUUCUGGAUGACCACAUUAGCCACUAUCCACAGCUAGAGGAUCCCAUGGGCUUCUUGAAUGCAUAUAUGGGCUUCAUCAACUCCUUCUGAGCUGGAAAGAGUAGCUUCCCUGUAUUACCUCCCCUACUCCCUUAUCUGUUGUGUAUUCUACUUAGGAAGAGAUGCCCAAAAGAGGUCCUGGCCACAAACACUAUUCUCUCACAAAAGUCCGCCUAGACUUACAUUGGUGAUCAGCAUAUAGUAAAAAACCCACUGAAGCUCCAGCUAAGGAUGGUCCUAACAGUCCGCCCAGUCCACCUCCCAUUCUUCUCACAGCUGAGCGAGUAUAUGGACUUGCCUUUGUGCUGUUAGGAAAUCCUGAUAAGCACUACUCACAGAUAGAUACAGAGACAUUCUUAAAAGUCUUUAUAACCCAUCUAUGGACUUUUCUGAAAUAUCUAGAAAGGCUCAUUUCUGGCCCAUCCUUAACUGGAGUCCUAUAGUAAAGAAUGAGGAGAGGGUGUCUCCUGACCUGUCCUUGGAUUACUUUAAGGGCAUAUGCUUUUUUUUUUUUUCUUUUUAAAGUUCUCUAAGCAACACAGCUUCAAGUGAGAGUGAGCCUCCCUUGUCAUAACUUGGAAUUUCAUUUCAUUGGCUGCUUUUAAUUAUAAACAUGUUGUUAAAAUAGGUUUUGGUUUGAAUAAUGCAGUAUUCUAAUAAGUAUACUUUAAGACUAUGAGUUACCUACACGUAUGAUAUAUAUUUUUUAAGGAUACUAAACCAGCAGAUACUCUGGCAGAGUAGUGAACUUUAUUAAACAGGUUUAAUUUCUGAAUAAAGUGAAUUAAAUCGAAACUAUUUACAGAAGUUCCUAAAAUCACAGGAUACUAUAGACCAGUAGCAUCUGUGCCAGAGAUUUACUGUUAUUAGCUAAUUCUAACAGCAAAUAACAGUCUGACUCUUCAUACCUCAGUGCUUAGAGGCAUGUCCCUCCUGAGCUGGAGGGGAGGGGAUCUUUGUAUAGUCCAGGUUACCAUACAGGGAUUCCUUUUAUGACAACUGCUUAACGUAACUUCUCAUUGGUCGUCUCAGAGAGACUUCCUCAUGUAGCUCAGUAACUCCUGUACUUAACAGACAGGAAAGUUCCAGAAACUUUAAGAACAAAUUCUGAAAGACCUAUAUGAGCAAAUGGUGCUGAAUUUUUUUUAAGCCACAGCUUCAUUGUCUUAGUCGAAACAGGAUGAUUAAGUGAUUAUUUUAAAUUCUUUUUUUUUUAUUAGCAACUUCAAGUAUAACAACUGAAACUGGAAUAAGUGUUUAUUUUCUAUUAAUAAAAAUGAAUUUUGA